GUUCCUCCCCGGCCUCUGCCUCCCGGCGACCGCCCAGCUUGGAGGAGCCGACGGAGACUCCAGGCGCAGAGGGGACGUGGCCAGCGGCCCCAAGAGAGCAAGAGCUAGUGGGACACUGGCCCUUGGGUGUGGCCGCUCGGCACAAUGAGGAGGCUGCUGGCCGCCUGGCUGCUGCUGCUGGCCAAUGCCCAGGUGCGCAGACCCCCGUCCAGGCCUCUCACCCAUCCAGGGUUUGAGGUCUUGGCUUCCGCCUCCCACUACUGGCCUUUGGAAAACGUGGAUGGAAUCCAUGAACUUCAGGACACAACUGGAGACAUCGUGGAAGGGAAGGUCAACAAGGGCAUCUACCUCAAGGAGGAAAAGAGGGUGACGCUGCUCUACUAUGGCCAUUACAAGACAUCCUGCAUCAGCAACCCUGCCCGCUGCGGGCCCCAAGGAGUCACCUUCUCCUUCUUCUGGAAGACACAGGGAGGACAGUCGAGACCCGCCCCUUUGGCCUACGGGGGGCAGGUCAUUUCCGACGGCUUCAAAGUCUGCUCCAGCGGCGGUCGGGGCUCAGUGGAGGUGUACACGCGCGAGAACUCCAGGACGUGGGGAGCCACCUUCAGCCCACCAGGCCCCUACUGGACACACGUCCUGUUCACGUGGAAGCCCAAGGAGGGCCUGAAAGUCUACGUGAAUGGGACCCUGAGCACCUCAGACCCGAGUGGCAGCGUGUCACGCGUCUAUGGCGAGCCCAACGUCAGCCUUGUGAUUGGGUCUGAGCAGGACCAGGCCAAGAGCUACGAGAACAGAGCUUUUGACGAGUUCAUCAUCUGGGAACGCGCCCUGACACCAGAUGAGGUCUCCAUGUACUUCACCGCUGCCGUUGGGAAGCACGUCUUGUCUUCGACACCAUCACGCUCCCUCGUGGCCCCCACAGCAGACACACCGACGUCCACCAACGCCUACCACCCUGUCAUAACCAACCUAACAGAGGAGAGGAAAUGCUUCCAGAGUCCCGGAGUUGUACUCAGUUACCUGCAAAACGUGUCUCUCAGCCUCCCCAACAAGUCACUGUCGGAGGAGACAGCAGCAAACCUCACUGAGACCUUCCUGAGAGCCAUGGGCGAGGUGCUCCUGCUGCCCAGCUGGUCUGCUGUGUCAGAGGACAACUCUGUGGUGCUGGGCUUGAUCGACACCGUGGACACUGUCAUGGGUCACAUCUCAUCCAACCUGCACCCCAGCGAGGCCCCGGUCACCAUUGCGGGGUCCUCCUCCAUGGCAGACUUCUCUGUGACCCAACUCCGGCCCGAGACCUUGAAUUCCUCCCACUACCGCUUUCCAGCCCAUGGGCAGAGCUACAUCGAGAUUCCCCACCAGGCCUUCCACCACAGCCAAGCCUGGACGACCAUCGUGGGCCUCCUCUACCACACACUGCACCAUUACCUGAGCAACAUCCAACCAGCCAGCACCAAGAUCGCGGAAGCCGCGAGGUACCCGGACUGCCUGCUGUCUGCUGCCAGCCCCCUGAUCUCCCUGGAGGUGUCUCCGCCACCCAUGCUUUCCCAGAACCUGUCAGGCUCACCCCUCGUCACCGUCCACCUCAGGCACAGGCUGACGCGCCGGCAGCACAGCGAGGCCACUGGCCAGGACCACCGCAUCUUCCUGUACUGCGCCUUCCUGGACCUGAGCUCCACAGGGGGUGUCUGGUCCGACGAGGGGUGUGCACCAACGGAGGGGAACCUCAGCUACUCCACCUGCCGCUGCACCCACCUCACCAACUUCGCCAUCCUCAUGCAGGUGGUCCCACUGAAGCUCAUGCACGGACACCAGGUGGCGCUCUCUUCCAUCAGCUACGUGGGCUGCUCCCUGUCAGUGGUCUGCCUGGCCGCCACGCUGACCACCUUCGCAGUGCUGUCCUCAGUGAGCACCAUCCAGAACCAGCGCUACCACAUCCACGCCAACCUGUCCCUGGCCGUGCUGGUUGCCCAGGUCCUGCUGCUCAUCAGCUUCCGCUUGGACGCUGGCACCGUCCCGUGCCGGGUGCUCGCUGUGCUGCUGCACUACUUCUUCCUGAGCGCCUUCGCCUGGAUGCUGGCCGAGGGGCUGCACCUCUACAGCAUGGUGGUCCAGGUCUUCGGCUCGGAGGACAGCAAGCAUCUCUACUACUACGGCCUCGGGUGGGGCUGCCCCCUGCUCAUCUGCAUCAUUUCCGUAUCCUCUGCCAUGGACAGUUAUGGAACCAGUAACAACUGCUGGCUGUCGCUGGGCUCAGGAGCCAUCUGGGCCUUCGUGGGCCCCGCCCUGCUGGUUGUGGCGGCCAACACCGGCAUCCUGGUUGCUGUGACACGGGUGAUUGCACAGAUCAGCACCGGCAACUACAAGAUACACGGAGACCCUAACGUCUUCAAGUUGACGGCCAAGGCCGUGGCCGUGCUGAUGCCCAUCCUGGGCACCUCGUGGGUCUUCGGCGUGCUUGCCAUCAACAGCCAAGCUGUGGUCUUCCAGUACCUGUUUGCCAUACUCAACUCCUUACAGGGACUCUUCAUCUUCCUCUUCCACUGCCUGCUGAAUUCGGAGGUGAGAGCCGCCUUCAAGCACAAAACCAAGGUCUGGUCACUCACGAGCAGCUCCACCCGCGGCGGCCAGGCCAAGCCCUUCAGCUCUGACACUGUGAACGGGACUCGGCCGGGCACUGCCUCCACCAAACUCAGCCCCUGGGACCGGAGCAGCCACUCCGCCGCUCACGUGGACCUGUCUGCCGUGUGAGCAGAGCUCUACCUGCUGCACCCACAGCACCCCGACCAGCCGCCCUCGCCAGGGCCCACUCUGCAUGACCGUCUGGACGGACCGUGGACCCCGAUGUCAUCUUCACUGCAACUCUCCCAGUGAGGGAGCCCCAGCCCAGCUCACAGCCUGGGACACAGACGGCAGCCUCCUGGCCAGUCCUUCUGGGGCUGCCCGUCCACUCCUGUGACACCCUGGCUUGGUCCCAGGGCCAGGGCCCCUCCCUGCAGGUGCCCCCUGAGCAACAGUGUCCAGCUGCUGAGCCCUGCAGAGGCGCUUGGUGGCCCAUGGGGGAGGGGAGUCGCUCUUGGGCUGCUGAACAUGCCCGCAGGCUCCCGGGAGCCAGACCUGGGACCAAGGCUCUCCCAGGGCCCCGCCUAGCUGGCCUCUGGUUGAGGGUCUGUCCUGGCACCUGACUGCUGCCCUGGUCUUGGCUGGAGUCUCUGGCUGCUUCCCUGUCCCCACCAAUGUGAAGGGCCUGUGGGGCCGCGGCUCGGCCUGGCUCCUGACUGCUGGGUGCCCCUCCACCCCUCAAGAAACCGUCCUCCAGAGCCUGAGCUGGACGCUUAACUGCACUUGCUUCCCCAUGUCCAUAAACCUCUGGAAGGGCCUUCUCUCCCUAGCAGGGCUUCCUGUUGCCGUGAGCAGAGUGAGAGAUCCCUCACACCUCAGGGCAGGGACACACGGCCAGCAGGGGCAGCAGCCAUGUCAGUUAGUGGGCACUCAGCCCCUUGGCCACGGUCCUGGGGGCUGUGUCUGGGGUGUCUUCCCCUCGGUGUGGACCAGGCAUUGCUGGCUCUGGGCUAUGAAUUGCUGUCAGGAGCUGUGGGGGCAGAAGGCCAGACCUGACACUGAUUCUGAGAAAUGGGCUCAGGAAUUCUCCCCUAUCCCAGGGGUCUUAGCAAGCGGCCCUUUCUCUGGCACCUUCUCCCCACCAGAGCACCUCCCAACCCCCGCACCCCUUCCCCCACAUAUGAGACAGGGUGGCCACAUGCUCAGUACCAUUGGCCAGCAGCCAGGCCCUGGGCCUCGUCCCCAUGGCCAGCCCCGCUCUGCCUGGCCAAUGCCUUGCCCACCCCGGGGGAGCACUGGCAUCCCAAGGCCACUCUGCACCCUGAGGCCAUUCUGCACCCAAAGCCAAUCUGCACCCCGAGGCCACUCUCUGCACCCCAAGGCCACUGUGGGGCUCCACGCUCGGCCUCAAGGGGCGCAUGGGCAGGAGGCAGCCGCGCCAUUUUAUUUAUGGGCUCUCUUGCUGGCUUCCGCAGUACUUUAUUAUCUGCACGUAUUUUGGCCAAAGAUGAGAAGCUGGGAGUAGCUCUGUGUUCACUGUGGUUUUUAGUGCAGUGAGCGUGAGGACAGGCAUGAGCAGAGAAAACACAUUGUGACUUUUAUGAAAUAAAAUCCUA